AUGGCGAAAAGGGCCGCAGCACCGAAAUUCGCUAUCCAGCAGACCAGAGCGACUUGUGCGUUUCGGACGACUUCGACAACCCGACAUUUCGACAACAAAUUAUCAACACCGUCCUCCCGGAGUCUGUCGACCGAAGCCUUCGCCAUGGCCGAUAUCGAUGUUCAGGUUGCUCAAUGGAAGCUGGUUGAGGUUGGCCGCGUUGUGCUGAUCCGCAGCGGUCCUUACACCGGCAAGCUCGCUGCCAUUGUUGAGAUUGUCGACCACAAGCGUGUCUUGGUUGACGGUCCCUCCACCGAGGAGCAGAAGAUCGUUCCCCGCCACGUCCUUCCUCUCUCCCACGCCACCCUCACUCACUUCGUCAUCCCCCGUUUGCCCCGUGCUGCCGGUACUGGCCCCGUGAAGAAGCUUUGGCAGAAGGAGGAGAUCGAUGGCAAGUGGGCCAAGUCCAACUUCGCCCAGAAGACCGAGCGCGCUGAGCGCAGGAAGAAUCUGUCCGACUUCGAGCGCUUCAAGGUCCUCCGCCUCCGGAAGCAGGCUCGCUACGAGGUCCAGAAGGCUCACGCUAAGCUCAGGGCGGCUGCUCCUAAGUCAUAG